GGUUUUUAGUUUCCGUCCUUCUCCUCCUCCUUGCUUCCUUGCUCUGUAUAAAUCUAAUCUGUUUGCACUUUGUCGCACGAUGUCAUAUCAAUGGAGGAUCAAUCGAUCGCCUUCUCUUCUUCCUCGGUCUGACUGUGUCUUGCAUUUUCGUCUUCUUCUUUUGGAUGUUCGCAUACCCCGUUUUCUACAUCUUCUCCGUUCCCCAGGUAAUCCUUUCUAUUACUGGUUGGAAUUUCGAUUUGAUAAGUCUUGGUUUCCGAUCAAUGGUUGGAAUCAGUUUUGGUUACUUGUUGAUGUGAUAUUGUUACUAAGGUCUGUAUGAUAUCGGUUUGAUCAUCUCCCACGGGUACCCAUUGUUGACUCAGAAUGUUAACUGCUUGAUACUGAUUUGGGAGAUUUUGUUCCUAUUUGUUGGAUAACUGGUUGAUUUCUAAUUGGAAAUUUCGAAUGAUGUAGAACCAUGCCUACGUCUUCUGGUGCUGCCGCCUUGGAUAGAUCGCUAAAUUCAGGAGCUUUCAAACCCCUUGAAAUCCCAAGCACAAAACCGCUUCAUUGGAAGCCACCUAUUUCAGAUGUGGCCAAGUUUGAAAGUAAUCAGCAGAAGGAAAAGACAUUCAGUCGUCCUCAGAUGUCACCUUCUCUCUAUGCCACUCCAAAGGAAAUCCCCCUUCCUUAUUCCCCAUCUUCCUCCCCUCCAUCUCCCUACAUCUGCUGUCACAAAGCACGGUGGCCAAUUCUUUUGAAGAGCUCCUCUGAGCUGGAUCUGCCUUGUCACCCCAAUACCCUCAUUGCAGAUGCGGAGGGUACUACCUCUUUGAGGUCAUUUCCUAUCAGCCAGGCUAUUGCAGAGGAUCACACCAAUGGCGUCCAUGACCGUCCUGUCUGGGAUUGCAGCCCUCCUCAUCGGAAACUUUGGAACGACAACUCUGCAAAGUCAAUUAGUAAUGGUGUGAUUGGAAGCAGUAAUGGUUUAGAAUGGGAAAGUUAUUUGCUGGAGUCCGUCAGAAUGAAAGCAAACAAGUCUGAAGAUUUCUGUACCACAGCUCAAUCAGUAAGCGAAUUCACAAGUGACACAGGGUUAGAAGAUGAUGCAGGAGCUGAAAAUUCACACAAACUCUUUUCUUCUGGAGGAGAGUUUUAUGAUGCUCGUGAUGAACUAUCAACCGACAGCGGAACGCAGAGCUCAGUUAACCACAUCGAAAGUGAGCUAAGGGGAAUGAGGUUGAGUUUACUAAUGGAAAUCGAGAGGAGAAGGCAAGCAGAGGAGACUCUGGAGAAAAUGCAGCUUCAUUGGCGGAGGCUCCGAGAGCAGUUGGCCCAUGUGGGUCUGUUCGUUCCUCUUGAUCCCACCAGCAGCCAAUACAGCAUGAACAUAGCAGAUGAACUACGUUGCCAACUCGAGGUCGCCAGGUUUGUAUCUGACUCAGUAGGAAGUGACUUGGCCAAGGCAGAGGUAGAGAUGGAGAUGGAAUCUGAGCUCGAAGCUAAGAACUUUGAAAUCACCCGGUUGUCUGACCGCCUUCACUAUUACGAGACGGUGAACCAGGAAAUGUCCCAGCGCAACCAAGAGGCCAUAGAGAUGGCAAGGCGAGACGGGCAAAGGAGAAAGAGGAGGCAGAGAUGGAUUUGGGGAUCAAUUGCUGCAACCAUCACGCUUGGUGGUGUAGUCUUGGCUUGGCCGUACCUCCCUUCAUCAACGGAUGUAGCUCCGUCAUCUCCAACAGAUUGAUGAGGCUCCCUAAUCAGAUAAUGAGGACGAAGCUGUGAAUAUGAUUUGCUUUUUAUGUACCUUGUUUCUAGAGAAUGUAUAGGAGGACCAUGGUUAGAAAAUAACUCAGCUUCAUACCGAUACCGAUAAUACCAAUUUUGGUUUGGUUCGUGUCUUGUGUUG